UUCGUCUAAUCCUCGGACAGCCGUUUCGCGUUUGCGCUACUUGCAGUGGAUGACAUCGAUAUGUCAAUACUUGUAAAGUACGAAAUCUUGAAAAAGAGUAUGAUGUCGUAAAAAUAGGAGAUACUCAGAAAAUAAUCAUAGUUACGUAUAGUGAUUAGGUUAUGAAAAAGUCGAACAAAUAUUGGACAGGUGUGGGUAACAUUUCAACAGUGUGUUUGUCCGAGGUGAAGAGGGACCGUGAGGACCUCGAAGACAGUGUUCCGAACUUUUACAUGAAGGAACAAGAUAUUCCUGAAUAUUUGGAAGGCUGUGGUUUAACCACCUGUACAGCCGGAGACAUGCCUGAGGAUGUGGAUGUCCUACGGGAUAAUAAAGAGCAAACGAAAGAAAAAAAAUUAUCGUCCGCGUCCAUAGCAGGACCAGACACUAAAAAAACAGUAACUGUCAAACACCCGGAAUCGAAUAAACCGAAGCCAACUACAAAGAAAGGGAAACCAAUACAAGCCGAUUUAGAUGUUUCUAAAGAAUUUACCAGAUGUAAAGAAGAAUGCUUAGAGCGGCUGGAUUUAAGUAAAUCGAAUAUUACUCAUCUACCUAGUACGGUACGGGACUUGACGCAUUUAGUCGAGUUUUAUCUCUACGGUAAUAAACUCGUUACGUUGCCGCCAGAAAUUGGUUGCCUUGGAAAUUUGGAAACAUUAGCUUUGAGUGAAAAUUCUUUGACAAGUUUACCAAAUACGUUAGAGAAUUUGAAAUCUUUAAGAGUCCUUGAUUUAAGGCACAACAAACUGAGCGAAAUACCCGAUGUCGUAUAUAAACUGACGAAUCUCACAACAUUAUUUUUACGCUUCAAUCGAGUCCGAUAUGUAAGUGAUAAUAUACGAAAUUUGACAAAUUUGACAAUGUUGAGUCUGAGAGAGAAUAAGAUCAGAGAACUUCCUGCUGGUAUUGGUAAAUUAGUCAAUUUGAUAACAUUUGAUGUUUCCCAUAAUCAUUUGGAACAUUUACCUGAAGAAAUUGGGAAUUGUGUCCAGUUGUCUACACUUGAUUUGCAACACAAUGAGCUUUUGGAUAUUCCAGAUACAAUCGGAAGAUUAGUCUUAUUAACAAGAUUAGGACUUAGAUAUAAUAGAUUAACUAGUAUUCCAAAGUCCUUGGCAAAUUGUAAAUUAAUGGAUGAAUUUAGUGUAGAAGGAAACCAAGUAUCUCAAUUACCAGAUGGACUGCUUGCAAGUCUUUCAGACUUGACAACAAUCACAUUGUCCAGGAAUGCUUUUACUGCAUAUCCAUCAGGAGGACCAGCUCAGUUUACAAACGUUUAUUCCAUCAAUCUGGAACACAACAAAAUAGAUAAAAUACCAUAUGGUAUUUUUUCUAGAGCAAAGAACCUUGCAAAGUUAAACAUGAAAGAAAAUCAAUUGACUGCUUUGCCAUUAGAUAUUGGGACAUGGGUCAAUAUGGUUGAAUUAAAUUUGGGUACAAAUCAACUUACAAAAAUUCCUGAUGAUAUCCAAUGCCUUCAAAAUUUAGAAGUCUUAAUACUUUCUAAUAAUUUAUUAAAACGUAUUCCUGCCAGCAUAGCGAACUUGCGUAAACUCAGGGUGUUAGAUCUUGAAGAAAAUAAAAUUGAAUCUUUACCUAAUGAAAUUGGUUUCCUAAGGGACUUGCAGAAGCUAAUCUUACAGUCUAAUCAGGUAACAUCUUUGCCAAGAGCAAUUGGUCAUUUAACAAAUUUAACAUAUUUAAGCGUUGGAGAAAACAAUCUAAAUUAUUUACCUGAAGAAAUUGGUACACUAGAAAAUUUAGAUUCACUUUAUGUAAAUGAUAAUGCUAACUUACACAAUUUACCAUUUGAAUUAGCUUUGUGCACAAAUCUCAGUAUUAUGUCAAUUGAAAAUUGUCCACUUUCUCAAAUACCACCAGAAAUAGUAGCAGGGGGACCUUCUUUAGUUAUUCAGUUUUUAAAAAUGCAAGGACCUUAUAGAUCCAUGUAACAAAAUUAAAAAAAUUAUUUCUGAUAUGAUUUAGAUGUCGAUUCUUAAUAAGAAUGAUACAAAUGAUAUUUGAUACUAACAUCUAUUAAUACUACAUUCUCACUGCAAUGAUCUCACAUCAAUAAAAAUUAUAUAAAUUAUGGAUAUAUAAUAUAUGAAAAUGUGCAUAUAUUUGUAUUCUCAUAAGAUGAAUAAUAACUAAUCACAUGUCUGCAAUUAUGGAUAUAUAAUAUAUGAAAAUGUGCAUAUAUUUGUAUUCUCAUAACAUGAAUAAUAACUAAUCACAUGUCUGCGAUACAUUCUCAAUAUGAAAAAAAGAAACAUAUAUAAAUAAAUUAUGAAAUUGGUGCUGACUUGGAAAUAUGCACAACCGCUAAUAAAGCUAUAAGAAAAUAAAUUCAUGAUGAAAUAUUUUAGAUAUAGUAAUGACAUAAAUUGUACUCAUACUUUAUUAAUAUAUAUAGUUCAUAUUUCAUUCAUUUAUGUUGUUUAUUUUAUGUAUAUUAUUUAUCAAUAUUAUAAAAUAUAAUGUAUUUUAAUUUGCAUGCAAUAUAUUGUUUUACACUAUAUUAUGCAUUACAGUUAUCUUGUAACUUCAAAUAUACAUUAAGUUCAUAGUUUCUUACAGACAGGUACAUGAAUAUCAUUAUUAUUUUCAAGAUUUACUAUAUAGUAAACUACAAUCGAGUGAGAUAAUAUUAUUCAAUUGAAGAAAUGCAAUUAAGAAUCGGCAUCAAUGAUUUUAUAUUUUAGUUACUGCUAUCCAUUGCCAUACAAACAAGAUAUUUUGACGAAAGAAUUAAAAUUAUUUUUAAUGAUAAGUUUACCUUGUAUUAUAGCGUGAAAGUAGAUAUUGUGUUAGUUAUUUUAUGUUAUACCACAGGAGCUUCAGUUUUGAGAGGUUUCACAAGAAAACACUCUUCCAAAAGGCAAAAAAAUCUAUUUAUAUAUCAUUUAGCAUACUGUAAUGAAUAACGUAUUAUUUUUUUAUUUCUAAGACUAAAUAUAAACAAUCUUAUAUUUAAAUAUUCUAAAUAAUUAUUAAAAAAAUACUUUUUUCACAUUUGUUAAAUAAGUUGCAAUAUUCAGUGGCAAUUAUAAUAUACAUUUACUUAUACAUGUAUAUGUUUACAGAAAAGUUAAAAAUUGUGACGUUUUAAAUUAAUUAACUGUAAUAAUUAGUGCAAUUAUGAUUUUUAAUCGAGUCAUUAGUAUGCUCUCAUCAGAUGAAGGAGCUGCCAAACAAGCAUAUUAUUAUCUAGUUUUAAUAUUAUAUUAUUGUAAGAUCAUUUUUUGCUAAGUUCCAUAUGUGCUUCUGAUGUCAUUUAAAAAGGCAAGUAUUUUUAUUAUUAGUAAAAUUUUCGUAUUUUUUCUGCACUGAAAUAUAGUGCCAAUAUCAAUUACAAAUAAUUAUAUAAUAAUUGAUCACAUUAUUGAAUAUGGUCAGUUGUAUACAAACUUAUAUGUAUAUGUAUAUAUGUAUGUUUUAUAUUGAAUUCAUAACUGUAACAGUUGAUUGGAUUUUAUUUAUAGCCAACAAUAUAUUGAUUUUUAAAACAUGUUACAGAUUCUUACACUCAUACACCUGAUACUACCUGUUUUUCUUAGAAACUAAUAAAUGCAAUCAUAAAAAUUUGAUUUAUAAUCCAUUUUACUAUGCAAUGGCUGUGCAAUAAGAAAUUAAAUAAUUAGCACAAUUUUACUUGUAUUAAUUGUAUAACUCAAAAUAAUAUUAUAUUAAUAUGUUGUAAGUUAUAUAUAUAUAUCAAACAGAUAUUUUUUAUUCUUUAGUUAGUAUUAUUUCAAUAUAUUGGAAACAUUGACUAUAUGCUUGUUAGUAAACAAAGAUUAUAAGUAUUAAAACAUUGAUGUGUAUGAUGUAAAUGAACAGUAGUAUUCAUAGAUUCUACUCCAAUUUUUUUAAGUUAUAAUAUUUUGUAAAUGAAAAUGUAAAAUUAUUAAUUUUGGGAAUUAUGGAAACAUAUAAAACAUAAAAUGGAACUUAGCAAACUUUUAAUUGUAAUUAUGAGAAAGUAUGUCUAUUCUGUAACUACUCGUUGACAUAAAUGUAUGAUUUGUUAUGUGUCUAUUUACACAAUUUUUCUACACUAGUUAUGUUUCAACUAUAAUAUAAUGUAAUGUAUUUGCAUUAAACUUUGUCUUUCAAACUUCUACAACUUGUCCAUAAAAUAAAGACCGAUAAUAAUAUUGUAUAAAUAAAACUUUACGUAACUUCAUGUUAAAAAUUUUUUCUUUAUGCAAUGACAAAUUUUAUAGAUUAUAUCAAUAAUAAGUUUUAUGCUAUUAAUAACUUUCAAAUUAAUUGAAAUUAAUUAAAUAUUAAUGUCACUUUAUAAAUUUCAUGUCAAAUUGCUUAUCUUUGUGUUAUAAACAAUAAUAGUUGUGCAUAUAAUUUACAAAAUAUAUACAUUCAUCUUCCUUACUAAAAAAAACAUAAAAUGUUGCAAUUGAAAUAUCAUUUUCUUUUAACAGUAUAUACUUGUGUAUGUUUAACACACAGUAAAAUAUUAAAUGAGUAUCAGAGUAUAUCUAAGAGUUGCCAAAAAGAGUGCUAUAAUACAAAUUGUUGUGAUAAACUGUUCAACAGUUCUAAAAUACAUAAGUAAUACUAUAGUAUGAUUAAAAAAUGAUUAAAUUUGUAUGAAGAUGAAAUAAAUUACUUCUCAAAUUAUAAUCUUGUUGAAUAGUCUAUCAAGUGCGACAUUACGUAUAUAUAAUUUUAAAAUGAUAUUAAUGUAAUUCAAUGUAUAUGAAUAUAUAGGACGCUGUAUAUUUCUAAAUAUAUAAAUAUAACAUAAA